AUGUACGAAGGGAUUGACAACCUGAAAUCCCUUUACGACCGUGCCGGGAAGACUUUCUCCGGCGGUCCUUCUGCGGCACAGGAUGUGUCGCGUCGUACUGCUCGACCAGACCCAGUACGUCAACCAUCAAUUGGGAGCGGAGCUCCCAAGAAUCCCAGGACGGGGGAUAGCCGCGCCACCGGACGAGGUAACUCGUCCGACGUCCGUUCACGUCGCGGUGGUUCAACAGCUGCUCUACUAGAUAGCGCUGGCCACCGCGAGAGUCCUCUAAUGGAGGUGGAGGAGGAGGAAAGACGCUCUCCACACGAUCAUGUGGAUCGGUGUGUUCCCGAGAGCUUCUUUGAUCGCGUAACGCAAGGGUUACGCGACGAUCUCGAGCAUGAGCGGAAUAGGCGUCUCCAGAUGGUGGACACUGCCUCGAAGCAUCGAGCUGAGUUUGCCUUUGCUCAGCUUGAGAACGAGAGAUCUCUGACAUCUCUUCGUGACGAGCUAAGGGUAGCUCGUGGGAUUGCUGAUCGGUCUCGGGAUGAGAUAGCUGCUCUUCAGACCCUUGUUGAUGCCCACCAUCGGGAGCACAAGGCUCUCUGCGAGAUGCUUGAGCGCAAGGGCGUUCUUCAUCGGAAGAAGCAGCGUACUGAUGGUACGGCUUAA